AUGGCCUCCAUCAUGCGCGCGUUUCUAGUGCUUUCAUCGCUACUUGCCGUUCCGGCCCAAGCAGCCUGGAACCCAAUCAUCUCCGGCUUCAACCCUGACCCGGCUAUCCUCCGCGUGGACAAUGACUACUACGUCGCCACCUCGUCCUUUGAGUUCUGGCCCGGCAAGGACCUCUCAAACUGGACCCUAAUCUCCCACGCCGCCACCCGUCCCUCUCAACUCCAACUCUACGGCACGCCAACGUCUGCGGGCGCCUGGGCGCCCAGUCUCGCUCAUUUCAGGGGAAAGUUUUGGCUUUCUGGCAUGACGCGCUGGACAUACGACCCCGUCGCGCGCGUCUGGCCACGCGUGUUCUUCAUGUCGUCUGCGGACCUGAAAGAAUGGUCCGAGCCGGUGUGGGCGGAACCGUGGGGGAUCGACCCUGAGCUGUUUCACGAUCCGCUGACGGGGAGGACGUAUUUGAAUCUCAUGGCGCCGAACAACAACGCGGAAAGGCUGUGGGGGCUUUCGCAGUGCGAGGUGUCGUUGUCCCGGGGCAACUGCGUGGGGCCGUACGUGAGUUUGUGGAACGGCACGUUGGAGCAUAAUGCGACUGCGAGGCCUGAGGGCCCCAAGAUGUUUUGGAGGGACGGGUGGUAUUAUUUGCUCAUUGCCGAAGGCACUGACGAACUCCAUCGCUCGUCGAUUGCAAGGGGAAAGUCGCCUUCCGGUCCGUUCGAGGGGUGUCCUCAUAACCCGCUUCUGUACAAUGGCCAAUGGGGCUUUCGGAAUCUCACUGUGCAGUCGACUGGUCACGCGACGUUUAUGGAGGCUGCUGACGGGACGUGGUAUGCUUCUUUUAUUGCUCGGCGGAAUAUCAACGGUAGUUCGCCCUUGGAGGUGACAUGGCAUGACGGCUGGCCGGUUAUCAACAACGGGAAACCUAUCCUGCUCAACGAGGAGGUGGGACCGAAGACCGGACCUAAGAAAGUACCGCAGCCGUGGGUGGACGAUUUCUCCGCCAAAGAGCUGGAUAAGUCGUGGUAUCAGCUCCGGACGCCGUACACUGAGAACUUUGACAUUUUCAACGGCCGUGUUGUUUUCAGACCGAAUGUUUUCGGUUUGAGCGAUCGGGAUACGCCUGCUGCGAUUUUGAGGAAGCAGACGUCGUUGAAUAUGAUUUUUACCGCGGACCUGCUUGGCUUCGAGGGGAGUCUCGGGCCGAGGAACAGGGUCGGUGUUUCUGCGUAUCUUUCCGAGUUCCAGCAUCAGGAUAUCGGUGGCAUGAAGUUACAUAUUCGAGCCGAGCCGCUGGCGUAUCAUCUGGGAUACAGCUUCGGCAACGACGAGCCGACGUAUGUAGCAGAGAUCGAGUCAAAGUGGCAGGCGUUUGCGCCAUCUGGGUGGUUCGUGUUUAGCGGCAUGUCGUUUGUCUUGUUUGCUACGGGAGAAGGCGAGCCGUGGCCGUUUAAUGGACCCAAGGUGGGCUUUACAAAAGUUACAGAGACGUAUUUUGAGGAGGACAUUCCGGAUUAUGAUCGGUGUGCGGGGAACCACGGUCGGCCCGGAAUGCCGGCCGGCGGGCCACUUAAAAACGGCGGGCAUCCCCUCGGCUUGGAGCGACCCUCCGAAGCCGGUCGGCGGACUGCGCCUUACAUCUGGACGCAUCAGUACACCCUCCUCUCCUCGUCCACAUGCCACGUUCUCGACGACGGUAAUGGCCGGGUGGUGGGGUACUGUAUCGGGUGUCCCAACGUUGAGGACUUUGCUGCCGCGUACCCGCGGUACAUCAAAGAGGUCCUAGAGACGUCCCCCGAGCUGGAAGGCAGACGACCAAAAGACCUCGAGGUGAAAGCGCCGUGGAGCUUACCCUCUGGUGAGGUGAACGAGGAGGCACUGCUGCAGCAGGCGUGGAAUUCCAAGUGGCUUGUGCUUGAUGACGACAAGAAGGAGCUUUGGGGCCAGUGGAAGGGGACCAUGCAUAUUGACCUGCUGGAAGAGUGGCAGGCGAAGGGGUGGGGGAGGAAGCUGAUUGCGAAGUUCGAGGAGAGUUUGAAGCAGGCAGAUAGUGAGAAGGGCGGCGAGGACAAGUUGUACGGGAAGGGGUGGCAUAUUGGGGUUGGCGGUGAGAAUGAGAAGGUUGUCAAGUUUUAUGAGAAGAUGGGGUUCCGGGUGUGGCCUACGGCUGAGAAGGGUUCUAUUUGGAUGGUGAGGGAUAUUGAGUAG